UUAGACCAUCGUUGUCUUGUCAUUUUGUAAUUUUCAAGUUUGUUUUCUCCUUUUUCGAUGGAUAUUCUUGCAACUAAGGAUGCUGAUUUAAAUAACGCCAAAGCAGAAGCCUUGACGAACGCUAUCAGAGCUGUUGCAAGCUAUUUACAGCAUCCUGAUCAACUUGAUAAAGUUGAGCAAUAUCGACGUCGAGUUAUGAGAAACAAGGCAUCUGUUGAGGCUCGUCUCAAAAAUGCAGUUCAAUCACAGCUGGAUGAUGUUAGAUCUGGCUUACAUCAACUUCAAAGUGCACUUCAAGAUGUGAAACGUAUAAAAAAAAAUAUGGUGGAAGUUGAUGAGACCUUUCGAUCUUGUACUCACCUGGGUGAGGAACUUGAUGCAAUCAAACGAUGUCACAUGAAACACAGCGAGGCUGCCAAAGCGUGCCAACAUUUAAAUCAAAUUUUUGAGGUUCCUACAACAGUUUCUUAUACCGAGAAAUGUAUUGAAAAUGGGAAACUACUUGAGGCACAUCAAAAAUUGUCAGAGCUUGAGGCGACCAGAGAUGAGGUUUUGUUGGAAGUUCACAAAAUGGAGAAAACAAAUACAACCUCGAAGAAAGAAGCUCAUCUUGUUGAAGCAUACUUUGCCGGAAUCCACGUUCUGUCGACAAAACUUGCCAAGCAAUUGGUUGUUAUCUUGGAAAGAAUAUUGAGUACUGUCCGUGUUGAUCCUGCAAAGCUUGUCACAGCUCUCAGAAUUAUUGAACGUGAAGAAAGAGCUGACAAACUCUCAGAAGAGAGGCGACUUAGGACAGGCUUCAGUCCUCCUGGACGACCAAAAAAAUUACGAGCAAAUUUGUACGAGACUUUAGAAACAGCAGUGGACCACAGAUUUGAAAGUCUGCAGAUUAAACUGGAAGAACGAAAUGAGGACAAAAUGUGGUUGGUAAAACAUUUAGAACGAACAAGACAGACAAUGGUGGAGGAUCUGAUUGUUAUCAAGACUUCCUGUCAGCCAUGUUUUCCUCCAAGUUACAAUAUUUUCGAUAAAUAUGUGAAAAUGUACCACAAAGUUCUGUCAAAAAUGCUGGAGGAUUUGGUAUGCAUGCAAUCUCUGGAGUCUGAUGAAUGUGUUAGCAUACUGACUUGGUUGAAAGAAUAUGAUGGUCCAGAUCUCAUGAUGCAUCCAGAGUUACAGAUUGAUACUCACACCUUGAAUCCAUUACUAAAACCACCCAUCCUAGAGGACCUCAAGAAAACGUAUUUCGAGACGACUUCUAAGAACAUCGAGGAAUGGAUGAACAAAUUAGCAGAAACAGAUACAAAGGAUUGGGAGGAGUCUUCAUUACCUGACAGUGAUGGCGAUGGUUAUUUUAUUACACCCCUUCCUGUUUUCUUGUUUCAAAUGGUUGAGCAAAACCUUCAAGUUGGUGCCCAGGCCGGAGAGGAGUGUCAGAUUAUUGUGUUAAAAACGUGUAUUGAGACGAUGCAACAAUUUCAACGUAAAUACAAGGAGGCCGUUGAAACAUAUCGAAAGAAACAUUUGCUGGAGCGAAAUGAGCCUCAAUACUUCGUGCAGUUUGUGGUGGCCAUUGCUAACAAUUGUCUCAAAUGUGCUCAGUUUACCAAUCAGUUGAAGGAGCGAAUGAUGAAUGAAUUACAGCCAGGAAAAUUUGGGGAAGAUGAACAACAAACUUUCAAAAGUAUCGUUGAGUGUUUUCAUCGAAUGGCAGAAUUAUGCUGUAAAAUUUUAUUGGACGAGGUAGUCUUGGAUACUGAGGAUCAUUUUAAAAAGAUGUUGACUCGCAGCGACUGGUAUAAAAAACCGCUUCACGUUGAGACAAUUCUAGCGACGGUAGAAGAUUACAAUAAUGAUUUCACACAUAUCAUGCCGGAACAUCACGAAUUUGUUCUGCUCUCCUGUCUUGAUCGUGUCAUAGUUGGUUACAUAACCGCUAUGACCGAAAGACGCAUGAAGUUUAAGAAUUAUGGAGAACGAAAGCACGCUGCCGAGCAAAUCAAUAAAGAGUCUGGGAAAAUCUCAGAGACGUUCAUGAAACUUGGAAUCAAUGAAGACAAGGUAACAGAAAAAUGCGCAGUGAUUCUGAUGUUGUCGGAAAUAAUCAAAUUGAAAGACGCUCAGCUUUUAUCUCUUGAAAUAUCCGGUGUGGCAACCAAGUACAAAGAUUUCACCAGCGAUCAUGCAAUGGCGUUACUGGCAAUGAGAGAAGAUAUUGGCAAAGGGAACAUUAGUGAAAUUCUGGGAGAGGCGGAUUUGAGCGCUCGAGCGGGCGAUUCACAAAAGGAAGAAGGACUUUUUAGUCAAAUUCAGAUUGCGUCGAGUUCGUUGUGGGAUAAAUUAAGCAAACAAUAGACCUUUCUCAUAAUCACGUCAGUGCGGGAAGUCUCAUAUUACGCAAAGUUUGAUUGGCUCGUUAAUUUUGCUGAGCCAUUUAAACUUUGUGUUGCAUCCUACUUUCCGCGUUUGGACGUCGUUAUGAGAAAGGAUGGAAACAAGAGUGCAGCUGGGUCGUGGAGUAAUCACCAGUCAUAAUCCUUAUACAAUUGGAACAAUAACUCGAUUGUACGUCUCCAUUUGAUACAGUGUAACAUUGGAUACAGCAACGAUUUGACUCUCACAAAGCGUCAAGCGCGCACGAGAAAAACACUUCCAAAAGACCUUUCUCAUAAUGCCAUCAAAGAUGGGAUGCAAAUACGUAUCAUGCACCCGAGUUUGAUUAGUUAGCUGAACAUCUAGUUUAUUACACGUGCUUAAACGCUAUUGCAAAACGAUAAAAAUGAAGUACUGAGAAACGUUGCGCAAUCGCAGUGAACGCGGAGUAAUAAUCCCACAAUCGCCAUAUUGAGCAAUGUACAUAUUUUUAUUAUGACCUUGAAAAAAGUUUAAAUUAUAGAAAACAUAGGCCAUCA